AUGAUUGAAUUAAAAUCGUUACCAUCCUCUUUUUCAUAUUCAACAUUACCACAACAAAAUUUACCACCACCCCCUACAUCAUCUAUUGUAACAUUAUCACAUGAUCAAAAUACAUUUCAAUCACAUUCACGUCAGUCUUCAUCAAUUCAAGAGACAGAUAAAUUAAAGACUCGACCAUCAUUUCAAUCUACUUCAGUUUCUUUAUCAUAUGAAAAAGACACAUAUCGUAUGAACACUCGUCCACCAAAUCAAACCUCUUCCACAUCUUCAAAUAAUGAGACAGAAACAUAUCGUAUAAAUCCUCGUCCUACGAGUCAAUAUACUUCGACCUCUUCACAUGAGAUAAACACAACAUAUCGUAUGAAUACUCGACCACUAAAUCAACAAUCUUCUCAAAAACACGUUACAUAUCAGUCGGUGCCGCAUCAAACACCAAUGCGGUCAUCAACUUACCCACCUCGAUCAAAUAAUAAUAUACCACCGAUUCGGCCACCCUUAACACAUCAAUCACACACAAAUCAAAUAUCGGUGCAGUCUCCCAUGGCAAAUCAAUUACCUCCAUUACAACCAUCACUUACAAAUAAUUCACAUAUCCGGCAUCAACCGGCACAAUUACCACCGGUCCGCUCAUCUGUACCAACUCAACGAUCAAACACUUAUCCUGCGUCAUCGGUACAAUCAUCUCAAUUAAAUGGUAUACAAAAUUCACAUAAUAAUUCGCAUGCAACUGAGCAGUCCUCUCGCCAUUCAAUAACUCAGAAUCAGGCACAACCACAAGUAAAUAUUACCGCUGUUACCAAUACAAAUGGUCAGACUAAUGGCCAUGAGGAAGAAGAACCUGAAGAAGGUGAAAUAAUGGACGAAGAAAAUAUGGAGGUGGAAGAUGCAUGGAAGCUUAAAGAAAUUCCUUUACAAUAA